ACAUGAACUAACCGGUAAGCACACAUCUGUUGCAGUCCGUUUUUAAAAUUUUGAUUGUUCCUCAUUUCAGUUUAGUUGUUCAGUUGUUCCAUUAUUAUCCCGCCUUGCCGUUUCUGUUUAUUAAAAGUUCCUUGGCACAGUUGCUAGCAGAAGAAUGCUCAUUUGCGGAUUAAAAUCCUUUGACAUCCAUCGAGUUAACCAGUGGAACUCGGUGGAUGUGCUGACGGAGAGCGGUCUCUUCCAGCACGGCGAAGUGAUCAACGUGGCGGAGAACGGUCUGAUUGUGGAUUUCCACUGCAGCGAGCAGCGAUCACAGUUAGUCAGUUACGACAAAAUUUUCACCGCUUCCGUUGCCCGGUGUUCGGAGCCGUACCGCACGUGGCGCCAAGAACCCGAUUUGACCCGCCUGGCAACGGAGAACGCCAGCGUGCAAGUGUUGUGGCGCCGGCAUCCGGGUGCUGCCUGGCUGUGGUAUCCUGGCCGAUUGCUCAGCAAGCCCAUGAUCUUCGAAACUAUCGGCCUGGUGAUUGCGACGGUGGAAGUGGAUGGUUUGGGGCAGAUGGAACUGUUCCCCGUCGACCAGAUGCGUUUUCCGCCGUCCGAGAGGCAGCUGGCCAGCCGAGCGCUUAAUCCGCAAAGCUUCGGUGUACGUGAAUGUCGUUUGCCAGCGAAUUACUGGUCGACGGUUACAUCGGAAUUAGAGAGCAGGUUCCGUCGUCGCAUCGAUACGACCCGACCUUUGCGUAUUGUGUCCAUUGGCGGUCAAACGGUGGCGUUUCUGCAGCGACGAUAUGGGCAACCGUUGACGGAGGAAGAACUGAAAAACGCGUACGAGAUGACACUGGGGAGCGUUGCACAGUUGGAGGCCCCGGAGCAGGUCUACCAACACGAAUCAGGCAUGUCGUCCUUGGACACAACAAGAAAGCGCAAAUACCCUGACGACGAUGCGCAGUCGGAGACGGAAUGUGUUUUACCCGUAGCAGCACACCUCUUGCGCGAGAUCUUUGCCUCACUCGAUGACGUCAGCUGUCUGCAACUGCGCCGCGUCUGUCCGCUGUGGAAUGAAAUCUUGACGGGCGCCGACAGCCAUAAAACUGUACGUGUUUCCUUCGCACCGAACCCGUACUUCUCCAUGGAUUCGCCAGAAUUGACCAGUGUCUACAUGGCGGUCGGGGGGAUGCUGCAGAGCAUCGACCAGUCGACGGAACGGCUGAUUGUCGAGCAUGUCCGGGGCGAGUACGCGGAGGAAGUCGUGAGGGUAAUUGGCCGGUUCAUGCGCGGUGUCCACGUUCAACAUCUCAUCCUGCAUCGUGUGACAUUCCACUGGGAUGAUUGUAUCUUCCGGGAGAGUGUCGGCAGUGACGGGCAGCUGAUGAUGGGAGUAUGGUUUGCAGGCCGGUUGAGGUUUCGAUAUCUGUCGGCAGUUGUUGAGGGGUUGAAGGGUUUGGCUCCGUAUUGCGGGGACUUGCGGCUGCGUCAGUGUGAAUUCAGCUGCAGCGGACGGAUGAAGGCCAUUAUUCCGGAUGCGAUGAUUAUCCUGGAUGUAGCGACGAUUGAAACACAAUGGUGGAACCUCUACGAGGCCCAUUUGUCACGCGACGGAUUACAUUUGCAGGAAUUAGCCGAACGAAUUCGCACAGGAUCGGAAGAAUUUCGCGAGAUGGUGGCGCAGAUUCUGAUGGAUUGUCAGACGUUUGAUCCGCGACCGACGACACGUUAUGGUGUCCGCCAGUGGACGGUGGAGAAUCUUGAGGAUCUGGAUGUGUCCCAGCUGACCACCAUUACACUGCGUGCCUUGAAGGAAAUCCCUCCGGGAGGCGCUUGACGAUGAACAUGGAAAUCGCCGGGAAAAAUAAUGCCUGCGAACAGCUGCGCCAAUCGCCGAAAUGGGAAAGCCGAGAACCUUUUCAAGGUUCCUCUUUCGUUUGCCGCUUUCGCUGUGACUGGUACAGCAAAUGAUACGCUGUUGCGGUUUUAGUUAAUUAAUUCCUUUUACUUGUCAGUACUGAGUUCUUUUAUUAUUCGGACGUAUGUGUCUAAAAGUGACAAAAAAGUUAGGAUUUGUACGUCCUGCAGAAAUGGUCUU